AUGCAGUCUUCUUUCGAUAAGGAAAGCAACGACAGGUUGUCUGGCGAAAAGAUACAUAUGCAGGACACGAUGUCCGCGAAGCGCAAGCGAGACGACAUGGGGGCUCGGACACUUGUGGAGCCAAAUGUCGGCGAGCGCCUUCAUAGGCAGGACGCGACGUCUACAAAGCACAACCAACAGCCAUGGCAAGAGCAAGAGGCUCAAGGUGGAGGCGUGGAAGGAACAUGUUCCCAAUUUUUUUCGUUGCUUGGCUGGGUGGAGCCCAAGGCGCUUGUGGACUGGCGGGAAGCCAUCAUCGGACCCGGACGCGGUGCCGGUGGGCCCGUUGUUCUGAUUCUCAUAGGGCCCGUGCGGUGUGGGAAGACGGAGUGGGCGUUGGGGUUUGGGAAACCAUAUCAGAUGACGCACGAGUUCCGAUUUGAUGAUUUGGUGGAUAAAUGCACCCAUCUUGUCUUGAAUGACAUUGUUGGCUUUGGUCGGACCGCAAUAGCGGCUAGGGACUGCGUCCAGCGAUUUGGGAAGCCCACAAUCUGGACUUGGAACGAGGAUAAUGAUCCGCGCAAGCGUCGGGCUGUGGGGAAGUUCCUUGCGGAGUUCCCGGUUUUGGAAGUUAAAGUAGAUGAGCUGCUUUAUCGUGAGCAGCAGUAG